GCGGGUACUGGCCGGUUUUUAACAUCGGCCAGCGCUGAGUUCUUGGUGAUAACCUUAAGACAGCGUCCGUUUUCAUAUCGAUUCAGCGUCAGAUAAGGAUCUUGGAGAAAAGGGGGAAAAAGUAUCAACGUGUGACCGUCAUGCUGCUGAGAAUAUCGCGCGCCCAGAAAAGCUCGUUUAUUUUGGUGACCGCCUGGCUUUGCAGCGUCCUUGCAACCAGAGGGCACAAUGAUGGGACUAACCACAAAUACAAAAGAGUAAACAAGCAUAAGCCCUGGAUCGAGACAUCCUACCAUGGUGUGAUAACAGAGAACAAUGACACGGUUUUUCUGGACCCACCACUGGUUGCACUGGAUAAGGAUGCACCAGUGCGCUAUGCGGGUGAGAUUUGUGCUUUCAAGAUUCACAGUCAGGAUGUGCCUUUCGAAGCUGUGGUGUUAAACAAAACAUCUGGGGAAGGUUUGCUGCGGGCAAGAAGUCCAAUCAACUGUGAGCUUCAGAAAGAAUACACAUUCAUCAUUCAAGCAUAUGACUGUGGAGCCAGGCCUAGUGGAACUUACUGGAAAAAAUCACACAAGGCAGUGGUACACAUUCAGGUGAAUGAUGUCAAUGAAUAUGCACCAAUGUUCAAAGAGACUGUGUACAAAGGUGUGAUCACAGAAGGGAAGCUGUACGAUAACAUACUGCAGGUGGAAGCAGUGGAUGAAGAUUGCUCUCCUCAGUACAGCCAGAUUUGUAAUUAUGAAAUUGUUACAUCUGAUGUACCCUUUGCAGUUGAUAGAAAUGGUAUUAUUAGGAACACAGAGAAAUUGAGUUAUGACAAUGAACACCAAUACAAGUUCAUGGUAACAGCAUAUGAUUGUGGCCAAAAGGAAGCAUCAGAAGAUGUAUUAGUCCACAUUGAAAUUAAGCCAGUUUGCAAGCCUGGCUGGCAAGGCUGGAAUAAACGUGUUGAAUACAAGUCUGGCUCUGGCAGUAAAGUAUUGCUUCCCAGCAUCCACCUGGAGACCUGUGGUGAACCCGUAUCAUCUGUGCAGACCACAAUAGAACUUCAGACCAGCCAUAUUGGAAAGGGAUGUGAUCGUGACACAUAUUCUGAGAAAUCCUUACAAAAAUUAUGCGGUGCUUCCUCAGAGAGCAUUGAUUUACUCCCAGCACCUUAUGGUUUAUCAAAUUGGACCUCCAGUCUUGUGAUGGACAAUGGACAUGACAGUGACUUGAUCUUUAAAUUUGAUGGGAAACAUGCUGCAAAGAUUCCUGAUGGGGUGAUGCCCAAAAAUCUCUCCGAUCAAUUUACCAUUGCAACAUGGAUGAAGCAUGGACCCAGUUCAGGAGUGAGAGCGGAGAAGGAAACCAUUCUCUGCAAUUCAGAUAAAACAGAAAUGAAUCGCCACCAUUAUGCGCUGUACGUCCACAAUUGCCGGCUGGUGUUCUUGCUUCGCAGAGAUUUUGACCAAGUUGACACAUUUCGUCCAGCUGAAUUCCACUGGAAACUGGAACAGAUCUGCGACAAGGAAUGGCACUAUUACGUUAUUAAUGUUGAGUUUCCUGUAGUAACAUUGUACGUGGAUGGAGUGAUUUAUGACCCAUACCUGGUGACAGAUGACUGGCCCAUCCACCCGUCACACAUUGAUAUGCAGCUAACUGUUGGAGCUUGUUGGCAGGGUGGGGAAAUUUUAAAGCCUCAAUUUGCCCAGUUUUUCCAUGGUAGCCUUGCAGGUUUAUCUAUUCGUCCAGGCAAGAUUGAGAGUCAGAAAGUUAUCUCCUGCUUGCAGACCUGCAAAGAAGGUUUGGAUAUUAAUUCCUUGGAGAGCCUCGGCAGAGAAAUCAAGUUUCACUUUAAUCCUGCCCAGUCAAUCUUGGUCAUGGAAGGGGAGGACAUUGACACUAUAAAUCGAGCAAUGCAGUCAGUAGCAUAUAUUAACUCAAGACAAUUUCCAACUCCUGGUAUUCGACGCUACGCAGUAUCCAGCCAAGUGCAGUGUUUCGGUGAGGACACUUGCAUCAAUGUCCCAGAUAUCGAUGGAUACAUAGUGGUCCUUCAACCUGUUGAACCAAAGAUUACCAUUAGCGGAUUGGAUCAUUUUUCCAGACCAGCAUCGGAGUUCGAAAGCAACAGAGGCGUGGUUCUAUUUCCUGGCCUCAGGAUCAUUAGCACUGUUAGAAGAGGGGGACGUGAAGAUGGCAAAGCCCGUCAUCCUGGUGGACCUGAAGAAAUUGUUCACAACCUGGAUUACUGUGAUAUUUUAGUCACAGGGGAUGAAUUAAAUUCUGAAACUGAAUGUCUGGAACUAGAACCAAUUGAGUUGCAUGGGAAACAUCUUGAAUUCACUAAUUCCACUGCAGGGAUGUCGAUUUACGGUGUGGACACCAUGGCAAACUAUGAGCAUGUGCUUCGCAAACUCCGAUAUCGUCACUGGGAAACUGCAUCCAUUUUUGGCCGAAAGUUUAGGCUGACGUGCUCAGAACUCAAUGGGCGUUACACAAGCAAUGAAUUUAACUUAGAGGUGAAUGUUCUUCACAACAUUAAUCUUAUGGACCAUGUUAAUCAUGUGCUUGUUCAGCCUCAGUUUCUUCAGUCUAUCCAUCAUUCGCUGCCUGAUCUCCCAGGUCACAACCUUAACUCUGCUCAUAACUCAGCUAUUCCAAGUGCUGCAACUAUCGUCAUAGUUGUGUGUAUUAGCUUCCUGGUCUUAAUAAUUGUUCUGGGGGUCUUCAGGAUCCGAACAGCUUUCCAGCGCACCAAUCGUGAAAACGAGAGUGGGAAAGAAAAUGAAAUGGAUUGGGACGACUCUGCUCUCACUAUUACCGUCAAUCCAAUGGAGAACUAUGAAGAUCUUGCACACAGUGAGCAGGAGAGUGAAGAGGAGGAGGAGGAGGAAGGUGAGGAGGAUGACAUUACAAGUGCUGAUUCGGAGGAGAGCGAGGAAGAGGAAGAAGCCGAGCAUGAGGAAGAUCAGCAGAAUGUUACCAGGAGGGAACAGCUAGAAUGGGAUGAUUCAACACUUCCCUAUUAAAAGGCCUCAGAUCUCACAAAUCAAAAAUGAGGUUUUGAUGUCCAGCAAAGUGGUAUAAUCAGAAUUAUUUAGAAUACUGUUGAUGGUGAGUAGGGUAUGAAGAACUUCCGAGUUGUUUACCAAAUUAUUAAGUGAUUUGCAGUGGCAUAUCUGGGUCCAAGAGUUGACAUUAGUUAUACUGCCUGUAUUUAUUUUGUUAUAUCCGAGUGUUCAUUGUGUGGUUACCCGAAUGUUCUAUCUUUGCACCAAGAACUAUUAACUUUGUGAAAUCAUGUAUCAGUAUCUGUAAUUUGAAAUUUUCUGAAGUACUUUAUUUAUUUAUUUGAAAUAAAAAUAAACUUUCUCUGGUUGGUCAUGCUGAAAUAGGGCAAAGAGAGAAAGUUAAAAAUGAAAAGACAAAUUUUAUAUUUCAUGAUGUAAAUACCAUGUUUAAAUUAAGCAAAAGAAAGCAGUUGCUCAGAUUAUGUCUGCUCCAAGGUUUUAUGUUGAGAAGAAGAUUAAAUAAUGUUUAAUUUGCAUAAUCUUUGAAUCACAAACAUGGUUUUUCCUCCAGUGACAUCUCCACUGAGAUGUAAAUAAACCGUUGCUUGAGAUAGCAGACUUUCUUUAUUAGGUUUAACAAGACAUAUUUUUCACAAAGAAAGUGCUGGACACACGUUUCAUUUACAGGAGAGUGUAAACAUAUUUAAUCUAAGGAAGUGAUAAAAGUGUUUGUUUGACAUAUUUUAUAACUUCAAGUAAAAGUUUACCAAGUAGCUGCUUUUUCUUGUAAUGUGCAAGGGUUAAUCUCUUAACCUGAUGAUUUACAUGAAGAAGAGCUAGAGUUGGAUAAUGAUUAAUAAUAUGCUAGUUCCAUUAUUUCCCAAAAUCCAAUAAAAUAUAAGGUCUUAAACCAGCUCUUUUCACUUUGAAAAUGAAGUUCAGUAUCAAAACCUUCCUAUAGCAUACAAUAGAACUUUGACUCCACACACUCAGCCAAAGGGACCUGACUCUAUGUUAGGUUUUGGUUGUUUAGGUAUUUAAAAAGUUUUUAGGCUAGAUUUGGUUUGUAUUCAGACAUGGGCAUGCCGAGAUCAGGCUGGGUUUAAAACUUUAUAUCUGAUCAGAUCUGUGCCUUGCACUCUCCAAAUUCAGUUGUAUAAUUUGAGCAUCCAUUUUAUUAAGAACUGUGGAUCUGACUUUUGUAACUUUGUUGCCAGUCCACCAGAUUUUAUGGUUGCUUUGAUGAUGCAUGACAUUAAAGAAUUGAUCUUGACAGACUCUAGAAUCUGAGCUUUAUAGCACUGUUAAGCUAAUAAGCAGAAAAGUAACCAAAACAUUGGGAUAAAAUAUCAGGGGGGCUCAAGUAACCUUACCAAACAAGUUGAGCUUUGAUUUACUUUUUAACUUCAUCUGUUCUCACUCCAGCCCUUUACAUGUUGAUCAAUGUAUGAUUCUUUUUCUCCUCCAACACCCCCCACCCCCCGCCUUUACAUUGCAGUUCUCAUUAAGCUUAGGAAAUAUUGCAAAUGAAUUUUCUUUGUUACAAUCUGAUUUCUUCGAUACCAGGAUCAUUAAAAUCUAUGAAAAAUAAGUAUAUAUAGAAUUAUUAUUGUUUAAUUACUGAAGCAAAAGUUAAAGUAUUAAACUGGAAAGUUAUGUCAAUGUAGACAACUGGAAAUUAAUCAGAAAUAUAUCAUAACAUAUUAUUUCCCAUUUAGUUCACUUGGAUGGAAGAACAUGAGUUAGCAUGUUUUGCACAUUCUAUGAAGUGUGUGUUUGUAGUUUUGUCAAAUAUAUUCAAUGUACAUAAUCAAGAUUCACCAUGGUCGUUGUUCAUUGAUAUUACCGAAGGAUUCAUCUUGUGAUUUAUUUUCCUAAGUCCCAGAACGUUAAGUGUCACAUGACUGUGAAAGAAUAAUUCAUUGUUUGUCAGUAAACACUGUAACAUUAGCCGAUACUGUUGAGAUUACUGUUCAGUAAAGAAAAUGAGGGAGAAAAGGAUGUUGAUUAUAAAUCCUCCAACAACACUACAAAUUGCAGUAGAGAUAAAAAUGUUAACUUUCAAAUGGCAAUUAUACGUUACACUAAGGAACAGCUGCUAUUCAUGGAGGCAAAUUCAGUUUAUUGUUGUACUGGUAAAACAUUCUGUCAAAUAGCUUCUUGUUACCUGGGAGGUCUUUUGGUCCCGAGAUUAUGCUGACUCUCAGAGCAUUCCCAUCAAUCGCAUUUCCCUGUGAUCCCACAUGCUCCAUCAACACCCACCUGAUUCUCCCACUGCCCACCAAUGCUACUUUACAUCAGCCAAUUAACCCACCUACUGUCGUAUCUUGGGACAGAGGGGAGGGAGGGUCCUGGGUACCGAGUGUGGUGGGGGAGGGGAGUUGCGGAGGGCAGUAACCCAUAGAGUCAUAGGAAGAAUAUGCAAACCUUACUAUAGGUUAGCAGAACACUCAAGUCUCUAGAGCUUUUCAGUGGCAAUACUAAAUGCAGCACCACUAUGCUACUUUUCUGUUCUUUUGUAGUCCCUCAGGAUUGAGAUAACAUUGCAGUUCCAUGGUUUCAAGGUGGAUCCAUACACUGUCACAGAUAACACUGGGGAUGCUUGACAAAGCAGCUAGGUGGAUAAUAUGUGUCCUUUUGUUGAGCUCGAUUAAAGUUUGAUACUAAGAAUGUUGACCUGGAAGAGGACAUUGACAUUGAUACACCUCUCCUGCCAAUGAAAUGGAGGAUUUGUGGAGACAGUAGUGGAGGUUUUUUUUCCCCAAGUCCUCACUUGCUGAAGCAUACAGGAGAGCAGAGGAUCAAUGUUUCUUCAUAGAUCUCAUGCUUGACAUCAGUCUUGCGAGUUUUGAUAUUCAGCACAGUUUUUUCUUGGUUGGUUAUAAAUAAAAUAAGAUAAAAUAAAUAUUCUAGGGCCUCUGAGUGGAUCUAGAUUGUGUGAGAGGACAGUGUGUACAAUAAGGGCAGGCUGGUCGAAGACCUCUAUCUUCCUGGUGUUUAGUGCAGGUUGAUUUUCUUAGACCUCAGUGCCUAAGUAUCUACCUUAUUUAGAUCUGUGACUGAGGAUAGAAAGACCUUAGCUUUGGAGCGGAGUCAAUAAAAAACGAGGUGUGCAGGUCAGGCAGCGUCCACGGAGGGAAAAGAACAAUUAAUGUUUCGGGACAAGACUCUCCAUUGAUCUGAAAGAUGGAGAGGAGACAGCCGGUAUGAAAAAGGAGGAGGAAAGAGGUAGAGCAGGACCAGCAAGUGGAUAACUGGAUCCAUAUGAGGUGGGGGUGGGGAGGGGGGAAGAGUGGGAAUGGUGUCAGAAGCCAGGAGGUAAUAGGUGAAAGUGAUAAUGGGCUAAGAAUGAUAGUACCUAAUAGGAGAUGGGAAGGAGAACUGGUGGAAGGAGUGUGUACUGAUGAGCAGAUGGAGAGGCUAGGGGAGGGUAAAGAUCAAGCUGAAUCAUGUAAUCUUACUUGCAGACUGAAACUGUGAUAACAGCUAAAGAGUAACUUCAUGUAAACUAUUUUGAGACAGCUUUAUUAAUCUUUUUUUAAUUAUUACCAAGAUCUGUGAAAUGAUGCAUUUACCAAAUUAUUACUUUAAUUGCACAGGACUUCAUAUCAAUUUAGUUCUCUAUAAAUUUACUGUGAUUAGUGAGUAGUGUCACCACAGAAAUACCUUGAAAUGAAACAAUUGCAGGAAUAGAAAGCAAGACUUUUGUUAAUAGCUCAGUAAAUAGAGAAAUUUGCAUAAGAGCCAUUAAAGUACUGAGAAAGUUUAGUAGUAUAUAUUAUUCUGUGUAGGAGAAAGCUGACUUAUUCACUUUGAACUAAAGAGGGAGUAACCAAAAUAUUUUCUAAAUGGUGUGAAAGAGUUAAGGAGAAAAGUUAUUUCAGAGUCCAAGAAAUGUUUGAAGGCUCAAAGGAAGGUAUCAAAUAAUCUGAAAGAUAAAAUAUUAUCGUUUAUCACUAGAGCUGUGAUACAAAAUGGAAAUCACACAAAAUAUAAGAGCCUGUGCUGUGCUUUGCAAUAUCUGGGAGAACUGUGUUCACUUCUGACAGUUGCACUCAGAAAGGAGUCACUAGAACCACAAGGGGUACAGCACAAGUUUACCACGAAUGGUAUCAGCAAAGGAGUCAAAUUUUAAAGACAAUUGCAUCAACUUUGUGUGUUUCCUUGAGCACAAAAGAUUAGAAUGUUUAAGAUGGUUAUAGGAGGCCAGAAGGUUGAUGGAGAGAAAUGUUAGCCUAAACGUUAAUCACCUAGCCCUGUUUAUUUCAGCAGUUAUGUGUAUAUAGCAAAACUUCAAAUAGAAUGAAAUGUGAUAACCACAACUUCUGGGCUUUUAGGGAAAUUCAAUUGAUCUUGUCUUUGGGUGUCAACUUUUUCUUUCUGAUGCUGCUUUAAAUUUAUCAGAUUAACCAUCCUGACUAUUUUCAUAGACAGUUCCAUUCUGGAAUCCCUCUCAGAUAAUGCCUUAUGCUGGUGUACUGUAUCGUAAGUAACCACCAUCCCAAACCCAGUGAUCUACGCAACUGAUUCCCCUGGGCCCUGCCUAUCUGUCCCGCUUCACUAGUUCGCCAUGCAAAUUAAUGUUCAGAACCACUCACGCACAACUAGUCACCAAUAUAAUUAGGCACGCAUAUCAAAAAAUUGUGAGAAGGAUGAGAUAGAAUUGAGGAGCAGCACAAACAUUGUAACAGCUCUAUGUGUCAAGGACAGCCUGAGUUUCAUAAGCAGCAUGCCAGCUCAGGGUUCGGACUGUGUGGCAAACAGAGUGGCUAACACUGAGCAUAUACCAGGGAGUGUGGGCACUGGAGAGUAUUACAGUCAUACUGUGUGGGUUGAAUGGUUCCAAGCAUGAGUGCAGCAGCAAAUGACCUGAACAAAUCUCAUAAUAGAAGAUUAGACAGAUACAGCAUAAGCAAACGGCAACAUAGGGAAUGUGUAGGUAUUGGAAAUGGGGUGCUCCCGAUACUGCUAACAGUGCAGGAAUGUAAUGAAUAAGAAUUAUGGCCAUUAAUCUGAGUACCUGUAUGAUAGGAAAACAUUACACACUCUGGCAUGACAUUGCCUAGUUGGUAGGGAGAAAAGUACAGAUUUGGCGACUCAGGUCUUGUUAAAUAUAUCGGAAAUUCUGGUGUAUGAUCAGAUGUGUGAAUCAUUAAGUUCAUACAAAGAUAAUAGUGCAGUAGUUAAUGGUAAUUUUGAAAAUACACAGGCAGAGAAUGAUGCUAUUAUAGAAGCACAGGAAGAUCAUUCUUCUCACCGAGAAGGGUUCAAUUCACACCAUAAACUGAUUUCAGAGAAGUAGUUUAGAACCUAGUUAGAUUAUCUCAAUCACAAACCAUCAGAAUUUGGUGAGAACUGCAAAGCUUGGAACUGGGAGUCAGAAGCAUUCAAAGAAGAUUGUUAAUAAACUACACUGUCAUGUCGAAAGAUUUGCAGUGUUGACAUUUGUCUAGACUCGGUGCUGUGGUGCUGCAUGACAGAUAUAUUAAAUACAAAGAAUUUCACAUUUGGUCUUGUGUGCAUAAAUGUCAAUACAUAAAUGCUUAAGAAGAUAGUUCAAUGCAUGGUUCUAAUAUAUUCAUGGGUUGUAGUCAUAGAACUAUGCCAAAGCUAAUAAAUUCGAAUCGGAGGCCAAAGAGAUUGGUGAGGCAGGGACAAAUGUGGAAGGACCAGGUAAAGCAAGCUUUGAGUAAAUUAGAACAGAAUGCAGUUAUAGAAAAGAAAAUUUAGUGACAAACAAUACCAACUGUAAUUGUCCCAAAGCAGAGGAUUAUAAAGUGACGUUGAGCCAAACAGUUGAUGAUGGACAUUCCAACUUACUGAUCCAUGGCUUCCCCUACUGCCACAAUGAGGACAGACUCAGGAUGGAGAAGCAGCACCUUAUACUCCAUCUGGAUAGCCUCUGACCUGAUGGCAUGAACAUUAAUUUCUCUAACUUUAAGUAAUUUCUCCCCCUGUACCCUUCCCUCCUUUUUCUAUACCCCAUUCUAGCUCCCCUCUCACCCUUCCCUUCUUGGCUGCCCAUCACUUCCCUCUGGAGCCCCUCCUACUUCUCUUUCUCCCAUGGUGCACUCUUCUCUCCUAUCAAAAUUCCUUUUGCUUCAGCCCUUUAACUCUUCCACCUAUCACCACCCCCCCCCCCAGCUUCUUACUUUAUCCCCAUACCCCACUCACCCACCUUCCCCCACACCUGGAUUCACCUAUCACCUGCCAGAUUGUACUCCUUCCCCUCCACCCACCAUCUUAUUCUGGUUUCUUCUGCCUUCAUCUCCAGUCUUGGAAAAAAAUGUUGACUGUUUAUUCCUCUUCAUGCUGAGCUCCUCCAGCAAUAUGUGUGUGUUCCUCAAGAUUUCCAGCACUGCAGAAUCUCUGGUGUUUAUGAUGAUGAAGAGUACUCUGUCUGCUGAGUUGGUAGGAACCAAGCUAGAUCUGUCAGAUGCACAUUUAGAUAACUGUAGACAAGGAAAUAUUUUACAACUGGUGUUCACAAGCAUCCUACACAAAUUACCUUUUGAUGUGAAAUUAAUAAUGAAGGCUUAUCAUGCUAUGGUUGGCAUGGUAAUAGAAGAUAUAGAUCAUCAUCUUUGCAAUCAAGCACAAAUAGCCAUUAAUACAGAGGAGAAUCUCCAAACAUUGGAAAUUAUCAGGCAUCUUCACAAUGCAAGCCUCAAAUGAAACUAGUGUACUUCCAGUAACUUACCUUGGAUUGAAAGUCUGUACAAUAGAUGGCAACAAUCAAAAAACACUAUCAAACACAAGGUUGCUCAAGGGGGACAAAAAGACAGUAAUGAGCAAAGCUUAAUUCAACUAUAGAAGAGCACCAUGUUCUAUGGCAGGUUAUAUUGCUACAUAGAAGAUUCAGAAUGAAUAACUGAGCUUUGAUCUUAAGGAUAAUGAAAAAUUUUAAUAGUUACGGACAAAAUCAAAGUUGUGGUGGGGGGCACUUGAAAUAGCUUGAUAACAUUUGUUUGUUAACAUCAAGCACUUAUAAAGUUGGGAAGGGGAUGUUGGAGGAAUAGCUGAACUGUGUGAUACAGGAGAUUAAAUUGGACAUAUAGACAUAUACACAUAAAUCCCAAAAGAUGAAUGUGAAGGUAGAAUACAAUGGAGUAUGUUUCAGAAGUUCAUCCAAUGGAGAUUGAAGGAAAUGACACAGGUUCUGUGGAAGUGAUUCAAGAUGCAAAACUCAAGUCAAGAAGUGGAUUCAACAGGACAAUACAUGUUACCUUAAGAAGAUGAAAAAUACCAUGGAAGCCAGUGAGGAGGUUAUUUCUGGAAUUAGUAUGAAUAUGUGAACCACUCUUUCCCAAAAAAAAACAGGGGGCAAAUUGUAGCUAAAGUAAAAGGAUGUUUGAGGUAUGGGAUGAUAUGCAGCAGCAGAGAAGGGUAGGAGUUAAUGAAUGAAUACUUCUCCAUUUUGCACAACUUCUUCUAAGUGAUUCACAGCUCUAUCAAUAUGAUACACAUAUAUCACAGCCAUUAUCCCUGCCCUUCCUCCCCAAACCCAACGCAAAGCUUUGUGCCUCAGGUACUAAUAGGAUUCACAGCAUCAACUCUGUCCUGCUCCAUUCCUGCACCAAGUAUGCUCUGCAAAGCCCAUGUAGCCUAUCUCUAAUUUCUUGGCUUGUAGCUAUUAGUGAAGAAGUCAAUGAAAGGAAUAAAUUUAAAAUUAGAGCUAGACUAAGUUGUUAGAGAUUAUGGUAAAGAUUUUCUUCACAAAAGGUAAUGGAAAUCUUGAAUUUCAUCCCACCACAAAAUGUUAGGUCACUUCAAAAGACAGGUACAGAAUGGAGACAUAAACAUAUUUGUUUGAGAGUAGUAUUAAAUGACAAGAAGUUAGGUUGUGGAUAGCAUUGAUCUAAUCGACUGGAGUCAAAUAACCUGUCCUUAAGAAUCUGCUGUGAAUGUCAUCAAUGUAGUUUUGUAUUUUGGAAUACCUGUCCAUAACUUGCACAGGCUUUGUGCACCAUUUGUCUAAUGAACAACAGCUUCUGUUCCUCAGUACAGUGCUCUACAGGGUGAUAUGAAACUGGGACACUAAAGAACCACGAAGUAUCACAAUGGGCAGAGCUGACAAUUUUUACUCAGUAUUCAUUAAACUUUAAUGUAAAAGUUAUGGUAGGAUGUUGUGAUGCUAUAAUUGACAAUUAAAGUACCUUCUUUGUGCUGCUUUAAAGAGACAUCUAUGGAUUUAAAGUUGAAUCAGUAUUGUUUUUAAUACAGUACUGUUUAUACAUGUUAGAAACAAUCAAUCCUUAUAUAGAAACAACUUUUCGCAUUCAUUUCAUUUAAUUAAAGUUUCAGAUCACUUGCUCCAGUAUAUCUGCAUCUGCCACUUUAUGCACACAACCUGUUCCUGAAGCAACUGCUUUAAAAAUCAGAUGCAAUGACAACAUAGUCUUGAGUAAGCACAAUCCUAAAACCAAACCUUAGACUGAAGGUCAAAAAAUGAACAGAUUUGCUUGUUUUUGACUAAUCAAAUACCAAUUGAUUACAUUAGUACUUCACUAAAGCUAAAUCAAAUAAUUGUUGCUUGUGUGUACUUUGUGUAUAUGCAGAAAAAAUGAUUUCUUGAUACUGCUGUUAUAGCUUCCUAGUAUUGUGCCUGUUGUCAUUUUAUGUUUAUUUUUUAGCAGCUUGAGACUUGCCAUCCUGUACAGCAUAAAAUGGAUGCCUGUUAUUGUACUGCUGCAGUUUUCUAUGCUAAAAUAAAUUUGUGAAAAAUAUCUGACUUGUCAUCAACAUUGCCUGCAAGUGACAGUCUAUAGAUCUGACAAGAAGCGUCUCAGAGAGUGCCAGAUCUUAGUUUCCCCGUUUUUUGUAAAAUCCCUCUAGUGACUACACAAUUUAUCAAAUGUAGAGCAAAGUGACUAAAAAAUGCCAAAGAGGCUACAGUCAUAGCACACCAAUAUUUAACAAAAAACUGUAAAGUGCGAAUAAGUUUGAAAUAAAAAUAUUC